CUGAAAUGGUGAGCCAAAUUUCGCCGAGCUUGGGGACAAAAGGAAGGAGCCUGGAGCUCGCCGCUGCGGCGCUGGCUUGAUGGUUAAUGACUCAAUGUUCCAUUUAACUGAACCUAGCGACGACCUUGAAGCAUGUCAAUGCCGAACCAUACGAAUCAGAAGCCGCAGGGUGGCAUUGAGCUGACAAGGGCCGCGACCGCAUGCUUUCCAGUCGACCGGGUUCCAGCGCAAGGAAUCGGGCUAACGCCGUUGAGUGCGCUUGCUUACCUUUAUUUGUUCUGCGCUCGGUCCCCAGCAGAUGAUGAGCGCGAAGUUUGCGCGCUCCUGACCUCGUACAUCGUUCAUUACAUGUGAUGACAGACACCAGUUCUCGCUCAAUCACCCUUGGGACCUUGGAAGAAAGUUGAGCGACGGCUGAUUUUGGCCGCUCGACAAUGCGCGUCGGACUGUUUUAUUGACUGCGUGCUAUAUAUAUGCUGAAGUAAUGUAAUGACUGGUCAUUCACUCACGGAAAAUACUGCUUGCGUGUAUACGUCGUUUGGGUAUCUGAGUGCUUAAAAGGG